AUGGCGUUGACUAUCUCUCCAAUCUAGAGUUUCCUUACUUACGAUUUCUUUUCUUAUGUGCAUGGCGUAGUUGAAGUUACAUUCAUUUCACCAUGCAGAUAUUUGUGAAAACCCUUACUGGGAAGACCAUUACCCUCGAGGUUGAAGCAUCGGACACUAUCGAAAAUGUGAAAGCAAAAAUUCAAGAUAAAGAAGGAAUUCCACCUGACCAACAAAGAUUAAUUUUUGCUGGAAAGCAAUUGGAAGAUGGUAGAACUCUGUCAGAUUAUAAUAUUCAAAAGGAAUCUACAUUGCAUUUAGUCUUACGUUUAAGAGGUGGAGCUAAGAAACGUAAGAAGAAGAAUUAUUCAACUCCAAAAAAAAUUAAACAUAAGAAGAAGAAGGUUAAACUCGCAGUGCUCAAAUUUUAUAAGGUGGACGAAAACGGAAAGAUUCAUCGACUAAGAAGAGAAUGUCCUAUGGAACAGUGUGGUGCAGGAGUUUUUAUGGCUGCAAUGGAAGAUCGACAUUAUUGUGGCAAAUGCGGUUAUACACUUGUAUUUAACAAACCAGAAGACAAGUAAAAUCGAAAAUGUAUGAUUUCUUAAUUAAAAAAAUGUCAUAAAUACAAAAAUA